UUAAUUUAUUUCCAUUGUGUUUUUUUCUUUUUCUGAUGCCGCUUGUGAAAUAUUCCAACCAACAUGGCUAGUACAUCGGUAGCGGUUAAACGCCCACUAUCAGUAACAGAAACUGUAGAAUGUAUCCAACAGCCUCCACAUAAGAAAAUUCGUAUACAAACCACCAGCAAAAAUGUAUCGGCAACCAACAAACUCCAGCAAGCCAUAAACUUAUUGGGAACAAUCUCACCACAAAACAACAAAGAGCUCUUAGAAUUGUUAGUAAAAAUUGCGGAUGAACUAGUGCUUGAUGAUUGUGAAAUUUCCGAAUUCCAUGAGGCCAUCAACAAGUUAAUUGAUAUUUUUCGCCAAGAACGUGAUGGUGAUACGACGGUUCGCGUAAUGAUACUCGGUUUGCUGGCGGACUUUGCAGAAGUACGUGUGGCAGAGGUGGUGAAUGCCUUGAUUGAUGAAAUCAUAGGUGUAUUGAAAUAUGAAAAAUCGCAAAAGGUGAUAGCUCAAGGUCUUUGCAGUCUACAUAAGAUUGGUGCCAAGAACUUGAAGCAUUUACCCACAAUGCAUAUUACAAAAAUGGCUCAUUUUGCCCAACAGCAGUUGUGCUCGGAAUCACAUCAAACCCAAAAGAAUGCCUUGAUGGUAUUGUCAGCAUUUGUGGCCUUAACAGAUGCUAAAAAGGGUGUCAUUGACACCAUAGGACACUAUGCAGACUCUCAGGAUUCGGGUGUAAGGGCACAAAGUUUAAGAUCUAUUCUGUGUUUGGGCGAUAGGGGAGCAGUGUUGUCUCCAUCCCUAUACAAACGUGCUGUAGCGGCAAUGCAAGAUGACUACGAAUGUGUUCGCCAACAGGCUUUGCAACUGGUCUUUAAAUUGGGUAUUAACCACCCCGACCAUAUGAUAUCGUGUGGAACGGAAGAUGAGGAGGAAAUGCGUCUAGUGGAUGCGGCUUUUAGUAAAGUAUGCGCUGCAUUAUGCGAUUUAUGUAUACAGAUACGUGUACAAGCUGCCGAACAUUUGGGUGACAUGACCAUGGUGAGUUCAGAAUUUCUACAUCAAACAUUGGACAAAAAACUGAUGAGCAAUUUGAGACGUAAGAAAACUGCCCAUGAAAGGGGUGCUCAAUUGGUGGCCUCUGGUGAAUGGUCUUCUGGAAAACGUUGGGCUGAUGAUGCCCCUCAAGAACAAUUGGAUACCAAUACCAUUUCCCUCAUAGCCAGUGGUGCUUGUGGAGCUUUAGUCCAUGGGUUAGAGGAUGAGUUUCUAGAAGUGCGCAUUGCUACCGUUGAUUCUAUGUGCAAAUUGGCUCUAAAACAUCCGGAUUUUGCGGUAACCUGUUUAGAUUUUUUGGUCGAUAUGUUUAAUGAUGAAAUUGAGGAGGUGCGUCUCAAGGCCAUCUACAGUUUGACCGCCAUAGCUAAGCAUAUUGUUUUGCGUGAAGAUCAAUUGGAAAUUAUGCUAUCUUCUUUAGAAGAUUUCUCAGUAGAAGUACGUGAAGGUUUGCAUUUGAUGUUGGGUGCUUGUCGUGUUUCUACUCAAGCUUGUCUUCUAAUGGUGGUGCAAAAAUUAUUAGAUGUCCUCUCGAAAUAUCCCCAGGAUAAGCUAUCUGCCUUUGGUUGCAUGCGCAAAGUGGGACAAAAGCAUCCAAACCUUUGUUUAGCUGUUACGUCGCAUCUUUUGCAGGAUCAUCCCUUUUUCGAUAGUGCUGAAAGGGAUGUCGAAGAUCCCGCCUAUUUGUGUAUUUUAAUUUUGUUAUUUAAUGCGGCUGCAAAUUUGGUACCCAUUAUAAGUCUAUUUCCCGAUGUGACCCUAAAACAUUACGCAUAUUUGCGUGAUGCUAUGCCGAGCUUAGUGCCGCAACUGCCUAUAGAAGGUGCUUCCAUGAAAAAGCCCAUGGAUGAUUUAAACGGUUCAAAUAAUUCACGACAGUAUUUGGAAACCAUAUUGGCUCAUAUAAAUGAUAUAUUUUCCAUAGCCCGGGAUCGGGUACCUCUAUUGAAAACGGCCCAAGACAAUUUGAAGCGCCUGGGUGAAAUUGAUCCCGAAAUGUUGGGCACAGCAAAUUUUUUGGAAACUUUCUUAGCUGCUCAAAUACAAAUUGAACAAUUGCAAAGUUGCACCACUUCACAGCAUAGUAGAGCUCCGCUUAAAGAAUCUCUGGCUCAAUUGGUGCGUAAUUGUCUAAAACUUCAGCAUAUAUUUUCGGGACUUACCUAUAGCGAUAUGUUGCUGGUUAAACAAAUUUGCUUAAGGGCCAGUGCUCUCCAUUUGGUUUUGGUAGUGCGUGAUAGGUCUCAAAGCGCCUUGGGUCCUUGUCAAAUGUUAUUACAAACCGCCUCUGACAUCAGUAAUUUCUUAGAUGAAAAACAGGAAUCCCAGCCGGAUUCCUUAACCACUCUACUACUCAAUCAGUUGUCUAGUAUUGUUGAUCCAAAGCCGGGAAAAGUAUUUCGAGAAAUUUUGCCUCUCGUGCAAAAACCUUCGGCUGUAAGCAUGCCUCCAGCUAAUGUCAACAUUAAAAUGUGUAUGGCCAAUAUAUUGGAACCAUGUCCGCAAAUGUCACAAGAUAAUGUUAUAAAAGUAACCGCAGGCCUUAUUGCUGCUCUACCGUUUGUAGCUGAAAUCGAUAAUCUACAAGAGUCUCAAAAGCAAGAUAUGCGCAUAAAAAUUAAAUAUCCUGAUCAGCACUUGCACACAGUUGUGCCGAAGUUGUCGGAUUUUAAGAAAAUAAUGACCGAACAGGGUGCUCAUGAAACGAAUGUGCGUUUAAGAACUACCAUCUUGCUCUCUCAUUCGGUAUGGACCGAAGCCUCUUCUGUGGAGAUAACACUUUGUCUGGCAGUGCGACCUGGGACAGAAUUGGAGUUGUGUAAACCAGCAAAAAUAUUAUUUGCACCGAAACCAGUAAGGAGAGGAAUUUAAGAAAAAUAAAAACAAUAUUUUUUCAACUAGUUCUUAAGCCUUUAAUUUGUAAUAAAUACUACUACUACUACAUUUUCAUAUAUAUACAUAUUAAUGUAAAUAAAAUUUUAAUUAAACUAU